GAACUUCCGGAUAGGCCUUUCAUGGUGAUGGUUUUGGUGUCACCAUAUCAGUGAUUAUGAAACCUCAACUCUUAACACCUAGUAGCAGGAGGACAAAGACAAAACCGGAACACAAGAUAAAAAAAAAAAAGAGUAGUCUUUAUACCACGAAAAUCUCACUCAACUGAAACUGAAGCUGAAACUGAACCCAGAAGAACCAUGGCACUGGCAUUGGCCCUUCGCAGGCUUUCCUCUUCUGUGGACAAGCCCAUUCGUCCUCUCUUCAAUGCUACCUCUCACUAUUACAUGUCAUCUUUGCCCAGUGAAGCUGUCUAUGACAAGGAGAAGAACGGUGUCAGUUGGCCUAAGCAAUUGAAUGCUCCAUUGGAGGUUGUGGAUCCUGAGAUUGCUGACAUCAUUGAGCACGAGAAAGCCAGGCAAUGGAAGGGUCUAGAACUGAUACCUUCCGAGAACUUCACAUCAGUGUCUGUGAUGCAAGCAGUUGGUUCAGUCAUGACCAAUAAAUACAGUGAAGGAUAUCCUGGGGCAAGAUACUAUGGAGGAAAUGAGUUCAUUGACAUGGCAGAAACCUUGUGCCAGAAGCGUGCUUUGGAAGCUUUUCGGCUGGAUCCAGCAAAGUGGGGAGUCAAUGUGCAGCCUUUGUCAGGGUCUCCAGCUAAUUUUCAUGUUUACACUGCAUUGUUGAAACCUCAUGAUAGAAUCAUGGCUCUUGAUCUUCCUCAUGGUGGUCAUCUUUCUCAUGGUUAUCAGACUGACACCAAAAAGAUAUCAGCUGUGUCAAUAUUUUUUGAGACAAUGCCAUACAGAUUGGACGAGAGUACUGGCUACAUUGACUACGACCAGUUGGAGAAAAGCGCCACUCUCUUCAGGCCAAAAUUAAUAGUUGCUGGUGCUAGUGCUUAUGCACGUCUGUAUGAUUAUGCACGUAUUCGCAAGGUAUGCGACAAACAAAAAGCUAUCUUGUUAGCAGAUAUGGCACAUAUCAGUGGGUUGGUUGCAGCUGGUGUCAUCCCAUCUCCUUUUGAUUAUGCAGAUGUAGUGACCACCACAACACACAAGUCACUUCGUGGCCCUCGCGGUGCCAUGAUUUUCUUCAGGAAGGGUCUGAAAGAGACCAACAAACAAGGGAAAGAAGUGUUUUACGACUUCGAAGACAAAAUCAAUCAAGCUGUCUUUCCUGGGCUUCAGGGUGGUCCUCACAACCACACCAUCACUGGUUUAGCAGUUGCACUGAAACAGGCUACUACUCCAGAGUACAAGGCCUAUCAAGAACAAGUUCUCAGUAACUGCGCAAGAUUUGCACAGUCAUUGAAUGAGAAGGGCUAUGAACUUGUUUCUGGCGGAACUGAGAACCAUUUAGUUUUGGUGAAUUUGAAGAACAAGGGUAUUGACGGCUCCAGGGUUGAAAAGGUGUUGGAAGCUGUACACAUUGCAGCCAACAAAAACACUGUUCCCGGAGAUGUGUCUGCCAUGGUUCCUGGUGGCAUCAGGAUGGGAACUCCGGCUCUUACUUCUAGGGGAUUUGUUGAGGAGGAUUUCGCUAAAGUUGCGGAUUUCUUUGAUGCCGCUGUGAAGUUGGCGGUGAAGGUCAAGGCGGAAGCCAAAGGAACAAAGUUGAAGGACUUCUUGGCAGCAUUGCCUGCCCCUCAUUUUCAGUCUGAAAUAGCAAAGCUCCGCCAUGAUGUCGAGGAGUAUGCCAAGCAAUUUCCUACAAUUGGGUUUGAGAAGGAAAGCAUGAAGUACAAGAACUGAAAGAAAUCAUGUUGUGUUAGGUAUGGGAUCACCUAUAUACUCUAGCUUCAAGUCUUAUGUAUUGCCAGAGGAAGCUUUUGAGGUGUCAGAUGAACCUUUUGAGGUGUUGAACUUUCAAUUGAGUUGUUUGUAAAUUGAAAACCUACAUCCCGAAAGAAGCUAAACAAAUUAUUACAAUGCAAGAAACAGAUGCUGAGAAUUGUACACUGUAUUAUCUUCGAAAUUAAAGACCAAUUGCUUUGUAAUACUAGCUCUAUUCGACUAGCUGGACG